AUGGAGCUGACUGCCGCUUCGCCUCAAGGACUUGUCGUCCGCUCGAAGCAACCUGCAUGGACUGCAUGGACUCGCAAGCGAAGCGCUUUCAACGCAUGGACGCAUCAAACUGGGAAGGGCUUUAGCUCUCAAUUGCAUUUUUGGCAAACCCUGGCAGUUCUGGCUGCCGCAGAGAUGAUGUGGGAAAGGUUACGGAGAAGCGGGUCAAAGUCAAGGGUGUCUUCAGCAACUCUGAUUUCCAGGAGACAAUCAUCUCCGACUCAGAACGGCCAAGACAGAUUUACAGAUCCGGAUCCCCGCUUAGCUCAACUGGACGAUGACCCCCGCUCCAAGGAUUCUCCGCUUGGCAAGGCCCAAAGAGCGGCCUUAGGAGAACGUGGUUUGUCUGGCCGCAACAGUGCCUCUUUUGAUCCGAAAUCUACUCUGGUGCGUCCUGCAAUGAGAGUCUUAGUCGGCUCUUCACAGCUUGCUGAGUACAAGAAUGAAUUGAGGCAUGACGAUGUUGUAAUCGUUCCAGACUUUUAUUGCGCGGAAGAUGAUUGGCAAGUUUAUUACGACUUGAUCAGGGAGAUGCGCAAAUUGCAGGAAAAGAAGAUCCAGGACUCCCAGUGGAAAUCUUGGCAUGAAGGAGCCCAUUUGUUGAGCCCCAAUCCUGAGGGCUCCAAGACAUAUCAGAAAAUCAUUGCACGUAUGUGCGAAUAUUUCUCAAUUGCACCUGGGACAAGAGGAACACGCUUCAAUUGGUACAGAGAUGGCAGUGACUGGAAGCCGUUUCAUCAUGAUUCUGCCGCCUUCAAUGCCAAGAGAUACGCAGGACGUGCCGAGAUUUCCUUCGUGGAAACUGUAGAUAUGGGGAGAGAUGCAAAUUUGCUCACGUACGCGACGUACCAAUUGUCGCAGGGGGACAAAGAGCGGUGGCAAAAUGAGGUUCACAAAGCUUCUGCCAAUCGCCCAGACUCGGGCCUAGUUUCUCAAGGAUUGCUUGGCCUCAAACUCGGUGAGGAUGGGGUGACUGUUGCCUUGGUCGACGAGGGGGGCCUGGUCGACCAGUGGAAUGCUGUACAUUCCUCGAAAGGCAGAUCAAUCACUCCUGGAGUGGAGAUCCGUGCUAUCAAUGGCAGCUGGAAUCCGCUACAGAUGUCCGAGGAGCUGAUCAAGGCCAAGACGCUGAAGUUGGAUCUUUGGAAUCCUCGAUCAACGCCAUCGUCAAAGAGAGCCGAGAGAGCCGCACUUUUGGAGGCUGAAGCAGCUGAUCGGAAUGCCCUAGGUGCAGAGCCAAUCAUGUUGCUACAGCAACGCAUCAACUUGGAAGGAAAGAAGCGAGAAGAAGCCAUUGAGCAGUUGACAAAUUUCAUGACAGAUGCCAUCAAGACGGUGUCAAACCGCAUGGAAGAACUGGCGCUAACCCAGAUGAAAAGUCAGCAGCAGCAGGGCUAUGUCAUGCAGCACGUGCAUGCUAUCAAUGAAACGAUUUCAGACACGAGGGAAUCUGAACGUGCGCAGAUCCUCCAGUUAAAGCGGCUGGAAGAGAUCCAAAGUGCCGCUGCGGAGCAGAUUUCCCAUGUCAAAGCAGAACAGCAGCAGCUUGAAAACAAACUCAACAAAUUGUCCUCAGAGACCAAGAUGUGCAUCGGCCAGCUCAAUGACACACUUCGUGGGAUUGUUGAAGAUGUGGCCCAUGUGGCCUCGCUGGAGCCAAAGAUGUCAGCACCGGCUCUACCUCCCGAGUCGGACAGCGAUGCCGGACCAACUCCUUCGGAUCAGACCAUUGUUUUGCCGCGAGUUGAAACGGGUGAAACCCAGAGCAACAGCAUCAACAGCCACGUGCACAGCCACGGGCCCAGCCACGUGCCCAGCCACGUGCCCAGUCAUGCGCCCAGCCAAGUCAGCCAGGUGCCCAGCCAUGUGCCCAGCCAUGUGCCCCAGGUGACCUCAGUGACCUCGGGGAUCCAUGAUCCAAAACGAUGCCAGCCGAAGGAUGCAGUGCCAAACUUCACUCACUCGACCAGACAAUCUUCACCCGCACCUUUGCGACCUUUGCAGAACCUGUCCUUCAACUACAAAUCUGAGAAGCCUCCGAUCAUUUCAGCGAAUGUUUUCCCACGCAAUGACCUUGGCACGGAACGCGCAGGUGAUGUACCCCAGAUGGUGUCUCCACGGAUGCCGGUAUCUCAACCAGUGAAUUGGACAAUGUCAACUCCCAGGCUGACGCAAACAACUUCGCCCAUGGUUUCACCCAGAUUUGUUCCUUCACCACAAAGAUCCCCAAGAGUUGCUCAAAAUGCUCAAAGUGGCCCGCAGCUCACUCAGCUCUCAAUCCAGCCGCAGAUUCUCAAAGCUUGGCAGAUGCGACCUUUGCAGCGAGCAGAUGUCUCAAACCUUCCAAACCUUUCAAACCUCAAGCCUGGUGGCCAAACGGGCCAAACGGGCCAAACGGGCCAAACAUCUCAAGCAGUGAUCAGCCCAAGAGAGGCGCUGCAAGAUAGCUCCAACUCAAAGUUAAUGACUCCAAGAUUGGAGAAAUCCCUCCCUGCCACAGAAAGAUCGCGACGCGUCACUUCCCCAACUCGGAAUGAUGCUGCGGGGAGGUGUGGGUAGGCUGAAUUCAAAAAUCAGACUUGCAUGAGUGCCAUCAAUGCAACAAGACAAAGCAUGGCUAACGUUUAAGUUUGCAGAAGGUCAAACAGCCUCUCCUGUACCUUUAUUACCUGCGGAUCAGCG